AUGGCUAGCACGGAGCUAAGCAAAGGCGAUCUACGCACUAUCUUCACUAAUGUGGAAAGAUUCCAUGAUCCCAGUGGCGGUGUAUAUCAAUGUGUUCGCACAAGGAAAAACGAUCCAUCAGCACAUGCUAAUAGGAAGAAUUUAAUUGUGAUAUCUGAUGGAUUAUAUCGCGUCAAAGCUCUGCUAAGAAAUGAAGCUAUUCAAAAGGCCCAGGAAGCUGAUUUAAAUGUUGGUGACAUAUUGCGAGUUACGCGAGGCGAGCCUGCCAUAGUGAAGGAAAAGAAGAAAUAUGUGUUACUUAUUGACGACAUAGAAGUGAUAGCCUCCGGUGCAGAUAUUGGAAAUCCUAAUAGUGAACUCAUCGAUAACUAUUUGAUCGCCCAUCCUAACGAGGUAGUAUCCUUCGAUGAAUCAGCCCCAGCGCCUGCCUCAAACAUGAACUCAGACAUGAGUGUGCAACAGCAACAGUACUCAGCGCAGCCACAGCAGCAGUAUUCUGCUCCACAAAGACAAACUAAUUAUGGUGGAAACAGUUAUCAGAACCCAAACUCGCAGAAAAACAGACCCAUAUUCGCCAUUGAACAGCUAUCUCCAUAUCAAAACAUGUGGACUAUUAAAGCUCGAGUUUCUUUUAAGGGUGAUAUUAAAACUUGGAGUAAUCAAAGAGGCGAAGGGAAGCUCUUCAACGUUAAUCUUUUGGAUACCUCUGGUGAAAUAAGAGCUACCGCAUUCAAUGACAACGCUAUGAAAUUCUACGAAUUCCUUCAAGAGGGUAAAGUUUACUUCAUUUCUAAAGCGCGAAUCCAGCCAGCAAAACCUCAAUUUUCUAACCUGGCCCAUCCAUAUGAAUUGCAAUUGGAUCGUGAUACCGUAAUUGAAGAAUGCUUCGAUGAGGUAGACGUUCCUAAAAUGCAUUUCAGUUUUGUGAAGCUAAACACUAUAGAAAGCCAAGAACCUAAUUCUAACGUGGAUGUAAUUGGAAUUAUCAGAACUGUUAACCCGCACUUUGAGAUCACCUCAAAGGCAGGCAAAAAAUUCGACCGCCGAGACAUUGUCAUUGUGGAUGAUUCAGGAUACUCUGUUUCUGUUGGGCUAUGGAAUCAACAAUCCGUGGACUUCAGCUUACCAGAGGGUUCAGUGAUCGCCAUUAAAGGUGCUCGAGUAACAGAUUUCAAUGGCAAAAGCUUAUCCAUGGGUUUUAACAGUACCUUACAUCCUAGUCCUGAAGUUCCCGAGGCGUAUUCUUUGAAAGGGUGGUAUGACGCAAAAGGACAUAAUGAACAGUUCCACUCCUUGAAGCCAGAAGUUAGUACAGGAGGCGCUAAUGCUAUGAAAUUCAUUGGAAGUCGUAUAACAAUUGCAAACGCUCAAUCUCAAAAUCUUGGAAUGAGCGAAAAAGGUGAUUACUUCAGUGUCAAAGCUGCAGUAAGUUAUCUGAAAGUUGACAGUUUUGCUUAUCCCGCUUGCAGCAAUGAGAACUGUAACAAGAAGGUUAUUGAGGAAUCAGAUGGAACAUGGAGAUGCGAAAAAUGUGACAUGAAUCAUGCUAAGCCUCAAUAUAGGUACAUGCUCACAGUAUCAGUCAUGGAUGAAACAGGGCAGCUAUGGUUGACUUUGUUCAAUGAUCAAGCAGAACAAUUACUGGGAGUAGAUGCGAGCUCUUUGAUAGAACUGAAAGAAACUGAUCCCGAUCAGUUCACUAAAUCAACUCAGAAAAUUCAAAUGAAUCAGUACGAGUUCAGAAUAAGAGCGAGAGAGGACAACUACAAUGACCAAACAAGGAUCAGGUAUACGGUGUCUAACCUUCACAUUUUAAAUUACAAAGCAGAAGCUGACUUCUUAGCUGAUGAACUUUCAAAAAUUUUGCUAAAGUAA